CUUUGCUUUAGUUGUUAGCAACUGCUAAUUUCGAUGACUCAAUCUGCCUCUGUCUCAGUGGAAAAAUACAGCAGGGAAGUGGUAUACCUUGGACCUUUGUCAGAGCCAACCACUUUUUCAAGUGAGACGGCAUGGUGUGCAGACCAAUCCGACGGAUAAUUAGGUCAUAGAGGAGCCAGAGGAAACCAUAGCUACAUUGUUUCUCAUUCUGGCUCUGCUCCUGACAUGUUGUUUGUGUAGAGAUCCUGUGGUGCACCCAGCUGAGAGGAAUACUGAUCAGUUUGCUGUUGCUGAAAGCAACUCUUGGGAGAGGGGGCUUUGUGAUGGAGGGAGAGAUGCACAAAGGAAACAGCAUUGAAAUGCCUGGGCAGGAUAACAGUCAGUUGAAGAAGGCUCAGCUGUUGGAUCGAGGCCAAUGGGCAAACAAGGUGGAGUUUCUUCUGGCCGUAGCAGGGACCCUUGUUGGGCUGGGAAACCUCUGGAGGUUCCCCUAUCUGUGCUACAAAAAUGGGGGAGGUGCAUUUCUGGUUCCAUACGUCUUGUUUCUGCUCUCAUGUGGUAUACCCAUGUUCCUCCUGGAGACGGCCAUGGGACAGUACACAUCUCAAGGAUGUAUCACCUGCUGGCGCCACUUCUGCCCUUUGUUUGAAGGGAUUGGCUAUGCUACCCAGGUUGUGAUUGCAUAUGCGGCCGUGUCAUACAUUGUCAUCCAGGCGUGGGCUUUCUUCUACCUCUUCUCCUCCUUCAGGGCUGAGGUCCCGUGGGCAAGCUGCAGGAACUUCUGGAACACAGAGACCUGUGUUGAAUUUGGUAAAACAAACACGUCAUCCAAUUGGACAGCAAACGCAACAACGCCUGCAACAGAAUUCUGGGAGAGACGAGUGCUGGGAAUAUCUAACGGGAUUGAGGAGAUUGGCAGCCUGAGAUGGGAUCUGGCCUUGUGUCUCUUGCUGGCGUGGACCCUGUGCUACUUCUGUGUUUGGAAAGGAGUGAGAUCUACUGGGAAGGUAGUCUACUUCACAGCCACUUUUCCGUACCUGAUGCUGGUGGUUUUGUUGGUUCGUGGACUCACUUUACCAGGAGCUAUUGAUGGCAUUUCCUUCUACCUGUAUCCAGACCCCAAAAGGUUGGUGGACCCUCAAGUUUGGAUGGAUGCAGGUGCACAAGUUCUUUUCUCUUUUGGGAUUUGUCAGGGGAGUUUGACAGCUCUAGGCAGUUACAAUCAGUAUAACAAUGAUUGUUACAAGGACACGUUUGUUCUGUGUUUGGUGAACGGCGCGUCAAGCUUUGUGGCAGGGUUUGCAAUCUUUUCAGUUUUGGGCUUCAUGUCCUACGAACAAGGAGUGCCAAUAUCUGAAGUGGCAGCUUCUGGACCCGGCUUGGCAUUUAUUGCUUAUCCACGUGCAAUGGCCAUGAUGCCGUUCCCUCAGCUGUGGUCUAUAUGUUUCUUCGUCAUGGUCAUCUUGUUGGGCGCAGACACACAGUUUGUGAGUCUGGAGUGCCUGGUGACCUCCGUGACAGACAUGUUCCCCACCGUGUUUCGAAGAGCUUACCGUCGAGAGUUGUUGCUGCUUUGUCUCUGCACCAUUUGCUUCUUUCUCGGCCUCCUCCUCGUGACAGAGGGAGGCUUAUAUUUCCUUCAACUUUUUGACCAUUACGUUUGUAGUGGCAGCAAUCUUCUUCUUCUUUCAGUGUUUCAGUCAAUAGCAAUCGGAUGGAUAUAUGGUGCAGAUCGUUUUUAUGACAACAUUGAGGACAUGGUAGGCUAUCGUCCGUGGCCAAUAAUGAAGUAUUGCUGGCUUUACAUUACCCCGACUGUUUGCAUGAGUACCUUCAUCUUUUCACUGGUGAAAUACAAGCCUCUCAAGUUCAACAAAACCUACACCUACCCAAGCUGGGCUUAUGCUCUGGGCUGGUCUCUCGGAUUGUUCUGCGUUCUCCUGGUUCCUCUGUGGAUGUUCUUCAAAGUUAUCCAGAUGAAAGGGACAAUAGGGCAGAACCUAAGGCAGCUUUGCCUCCCUGAAAUCAAGACGCACAGCACAGCAAAGCAACCCGAGCAAUGCCCCUUGAACCCAGACAACAAUCUCACAUCCGCUGCCAAUGAAUACAAAGCAGGUGGUGGAGCUGAGAUGGAGAUGCAAAUUAUGCCAUAGACAGAGGAUCAAGAGAUGCCAAUCUUGAUUAUCACUGCCCACUAACAUGCACUGUUGCCACACAUCUUUAGGAAAUUUCACCACCUGAAAAACAUUGUUUUAAAUCUCCAGCUCCACAGGUAGUGGCAGCUGAUAAUAUCAGACAAUGCAGAAAGCCUUUAUACAGAAUUAGUGUAAGUGGUAAUUGUUGCCUUUUUAUUAUUUGAUAGUUUUUAUAUAUUUACACACAUAUGUUUGAAAUGGUUUGCCUUUUUAUUUUCUGGCUCUUUUGGCUUUAUGUUCUAUAUUUUUAUGCUGUUACGUUUAUUCAUCUGCAUAUCAUUAGCACAUGAGAAUUCACUGGGGACCAUAAGCAUAGUAUUCGUUAAACGAUACAACAGACUUACGAUUGAUACUGUUUCUGCUGCCUAAGUACUUGCUGGAUUAUUGCUCUGCUCUUUAGGUGGUUUCUGCCAAGUUUAAAUGAAAGUGAGACUGAAGUCAAGUCUUAUUUAUUUUCAUCACAGAAAAUAGAGGCAAAAGGUUAAAGAGUAGCUUCUUUUACCAGAGGCCUUUUUGAAAGGAAAUUGUGCACUGAGACUUAAUUUCCUGUAUCUGUGUCAAGUGGAUUUUGCCACUGAGGUGCCUGAAGUCCAUUAACUCUAAUGGGAGAAGUGAACAUGAACACAGAUUCUUUCACUCUAUAGUCGCCAAAGUAAUUAUUGGACCCAUUUUUUUAUCAUCCCAAUAUCUUCCCCACAUUCUGACACUAUAAUGGCAUUUGUAGACGGACAAAUCACGGGUAAAUUAACUUUGUUUGUGACCAAUUGAUGAUUUUUCUGUACCAGUAGCACAUCUGGUAACACAGAGUGUUAAUGUUAGUCAAGCUUUCAACAUUUUAAGCUGACAUCAAAAUGGUAGUUGUUACUUGAUAACAGAUUACGACUUUUAGCACAUGAUUGUUACAUUCAGCAAUUUAAAUAGCUUCCCUUAUUUCAGGUAUUUUGAAAACUUCUAUUUUUUACCCUGAUUGCAACAAAAAAGCUGUGAACUGUAAGUUAUUAUGUUCUGGCUUCUUCUGCAUAGCAACGGCUGCUAAGGCUCAUGGGAGCUGUAGUACUUUGAGUAAUUAGCCAUACCAAGCUCAAAGAAAA